AUGGAAACAAACCCCCCACCCCCACCCGGCCCCCACCCCCACCCCCACAUCGCCAUUCUCCCCACCCCAGGGAUUGGCCACCUCAUCCCCUUAGUCGAAUUCGCCAAAAAACUCCACCACCGCCACUUCAUCUCCACCACCUUCAUCAUCCCCACCGACGGCCCUCUCUCCACCGCCCAAACUACCUUCCUCUCCGCCCUCCCCUCCGCCGUUGACUACCUCCUCCUCCCCCCGGUCAACCUCGACGACUUACCGCCGGACGUCAGAGCAGAGACACGCAUCGCCGUCACCGUCACCCGUUCUCUGCCGUCAAUCCACGACGCCGUCAAGUCCCUCCACGCGUCCAAGAGCCUCUCCGCCCUGGUGGUGGAUCUCUUCGGCACCGACGCCUUCGAAUCCGCCGUCGAACUCAACAUCCCUCCUUACAUCUUCUUCCCCUCCACCGCCAUGACCCUCUCCUUGUUCUUCCACUUGCCGGAGCUGGACCGAACGGUGUUGUCCGAGUACCGUGACGUGCAUGAGAAGCUUCAAAUCCCGGGAUGCGCUCCGAUCCACGGCCGGGAUUUGAUCCAGCCGGUUCAGGACCGGACGAGUGACGCGUAUCAAUGGGUGCUUCGUCAUGCGAAGAGGUACCGAAUGGCGGAAGGGAUAGUGGUGAACACCUUUCAAGAACUCGAGCCCGGCCCGGUUCGGGCUUUGCUUGUCAAGGAAAAUGGUAAGCCCGAUGUUUAUGCAAUCGGGCCUUUGAUCAAAAUGGGCUCAAGUAAUCCCGAGAUUAACGAAUCCGAUGCUAUAAGUGUGAAGUUCUUGGAUCGACAACCCAAUGGAUCAGUUUUGUAUGUUUCUUUUGGGAGUGGUGGGGAUUUAUCACAUGAUCAAAUAGUUGAGAUAGCACAUGGGUUGGAGAAGAGUGGCCAAAGGUUUUUAUGGGUUCUUCGAUGCCCUAACGCAAACCCUAAUGCUUCAUAUUUCGACAUUCAGAGCUCCGGUGACCCUCUGGCUUAUCUGCCACAAGGGUUCCUGGAGAGGACCCAGGAUCGGGGCCUGGUGGUGCCGUUGUGGGCCCCACAGGCCCAGAUCCUGACCCACAAGUCCAUUUGCGCUUUUCUGACGCACUGUGGGUGGAAUUCAGUUCUCGAGAGUGUUUCCAGUGGGGUGCCGAUGAUUGCGUGGCCGCUUUACGCGGAACAAGGGAUGAAUGCGGUGAUGCUACAUGAGGAUGUGAGGGUGGCUUUGAGGCCUCGUGUGGGAGAAAAUGGAUUGAUUGUGAGAGAUGAAGUCGCUAGAGUUGUUAAGGGUUUGAUGGAAGGUGAAGCAGAAGAAAAGGAGAUUCGUGGUCGAAUUAGGGAUCUCAAGGAUGCAGCUGCAAAUUCGCUAAGUGAAAAUGGUACAUCUACAAAAUUUCUUGAUGAAUUAGCUGAAAAAUGGAAAAGAAACAAUUCUUGCAAAUAA